UAACAGUACACUCACUGUAUACACCGCACCCGGCGAGGACAGCUCAGCGCAGGGCGGCGCAGCUCAGCAGACCGGAUCCGAGCGGAGAAGGGCGGGCUCCUCGAGAGGGCGGCGGUGGCACCAUGGAGAACGGAUUUACAUAUGAAGAUUAUCAGAACACUGCAAAAUGGCUUCUGUGCCGCACCAAGCACCGACCUCAAGUGGCAGUGAUCUGUGGUUCUGGGUUAGGAAAUCUGGUCAAUAAAUUAACUGAGGCCGAGAGCUUUGACUACAGUGAGAUACCAAACUUUUCCCAAAGUACAGUGCCAGGUCAUGUUGGUCGACUGGUGUUUGGGUUCCUGAAUGGCAGAGCCUGUGUGAUGAUGCAGGGCAGGUUCCACAUGUAUGAAGGCUACCCACUCUCAAAGGUGACAUUCCCAGUGAGGGUUUUCUGCCUUCUGGGUGUGGACACGCUAGUGGUCACCAAUGCAGCUGGAGGACUCAACCCCAAAUUUGAGGUUGGAGAUAUCAUGCUGAUCCGCGACCACAUCAACCUACCUGGUUUCUGUGGUUUGAACCCUCUCAGAGGGCCCAAUGAGGAUAGGUUCGGAGUUCGUUUCCCUGCCAUGUCUGAUGCCUAUGACCGGGAUAUGAGACAGAAGGCUCACAGUGUCUGGAAACAAAUGGGGGAGCAGAGAGAGCUUCAGGAAGGCACCUAUGUGAUGUUGGCAGGCCCCUCCUUUGAGACUGUGGCCGAGUGUCGGCUGCUGCAGAAGCUGGGGGCAGAUGCUGUUGGCAUGAGCACAGUGCCAGAAGUUAUAGUUGCAAGGCACUGUGGACUUCGAGUCUUUGGCUUCUCCCUCAUCACUAACAAAGUCAUCCUGGAUUAUGAAACCAAGGAGAAGGCCAAUCAUGAGGAAGUAUUAGAGUCCGGGAAAAAAGCUGCACAGAAAUUGGAACAGUUCGUCUCUAUUCUUAUGGCUAGUAUUCCACUGCCUGGCAAAGGCAAUUAACCAAGCCCUGGAGUGGUCUGGCCUCUCCCUCAUAGGAUCCAAGUAGCUACUACCUACUUUGGCCCCUUGCUGGGGUCAUGUGCCUCUGCCCUUAAGUAGUAGGAGAAAGGAGAGGAAGAUCCACCAUUUCUCCCACCAGACCCUUCUGUGCUGGCUCCUCUUUUGCUCAGUUGUCUCAACAGUUUCCACCCCUGUUCUUCCUCAAGAGCUGGGGCCCAAGCCCUAUCACACAGCCAUGUGUAUGCCCUAGGUGUGGUUUGGGCUGCUGAACUUGGCACAGGUACCUACUGCUAUCUUUCUGAGAUAGAUGAUUUCACAUUCCUGAAGACUCAGUCUGCCUCGCACAAGUCCAAUACCUCUUGGACUCGAAUACUAUUCAUAUUUUGAGAAUAAAAAAGAUGAAAUAA